AUGGUUCGCAUUUCUGGAAAGAUUACAAGCUGUGGAAAGCUGGCUUUGUGGCAAAGGGCUUGCAGUCUCCUAGUCGGCGCAACCGCGUCACUUCCCCGAAGACGAAGCGUGGCCAAGUCCAAUGCCACCAUCACCGCAAUGGAGCAGGGCCGAGAAUGGCAGCUGGGACUGGUUCUUUUUCAUUCCAUAGCAAAGAACCAGAUAAAUCCUGACGUCAUCAGCUUCACAGCCGCUCUGAAUUGCUGUGGAAGGGGUCGGCAAUGGCACCUAGCGUUGGAGUUCUAUGAGGCUAUGCUACGAGAAAGAGUGAAGCCAAAUUCUUAUGUUUUUAAUACCAUGAUCAGCAUGUUCGAGAAGGUCAGAAAGUGGCAACAUGCUUUGGCCUUUUUCACCGAGAUGGCUUCCAGACAAGUUCAGCCAGAUGUGUUCAGCUUUAACUCCAGCAUCAGUGCCUUUGAGAAGGCUGCCCAGUGGUGGUUAGCACUAAGCUGGUUUGAUACAAUGUCACCACACGAGGUGCAGCCAAAUGUUGUAACUUACAAUGCCAGCAUUAGUGCCUUGGAGAAAGGUUCUCAAUGGCAGCGUGGAAUCCAACUGUUCAAAGCCAUGCAGAUGUGUCAUGUAUCGCCAGAUAUUGUGAGCUACUGCGCAGCCAUCACAUCUUUUGGAAAGGGUGGAGAGUGGCAGCAGGUACUGCUGCUGCAUGAUGAGAUGUCAAAAAGAAGGGUUGUGCCCAAUAUGCUCAGUUUCAAUGCAACAAUCAGCGCAGUCGAUAAGGGUGGACAAUGGCAGCUGGGAUUGUGUUUCUUCAAUUCUAUAGCGCAGAACAAGCUACAGCGUGACGUAAUCAGCUUCACAGCAGCUCUGACUUGCUGUGGAAGGGGUCAGCAAUGGCAACUUGCAUUACAUUUCUUUGGGGCUAUGCCGCGAGCAAGAGUGGAACCCAAUGCUUACACAUUCAAUGUGAUCAUCAGCAUGUUUGAGAAGGUCGGAGCAUGGCAUCAUUCUUUGUCCUUCUUCACAGGAAUGGCAUCAAGACAAAUUCAGCCAGAUGUUUUCAGCUUUAACUCAAGCAUCAGCUCCUUUGAGAAGGCUGCCCAGUGGUCCUUGGCGUUAAGCUGGUUUGAUGCAAUGUCAGAGAAGGUGCAGCCCGAUGUGUAUAGUUUUAAUUCCACCAUCAGUGCCUGCGAAAAGGGCUCACAAUGGCAGCAGGGCAUCAGUUUGUUCGAAGCAAUGACCAAGCACAAGGUCUCUCCCGACUUCAUUAGCUGCGGUGCGGUCAUCAGUUGCUGUGAGAAAGGCGCACAAUGGCAGCAGGCGCUCCAGCGCCUGGAUCCCACCGACUCUGGGACACUUGAGACCACCGUGAGCGGGGAGCCUGAAGCCGAAGAGUCUGCUCCCCGGAAGCCGAAGAUGCAUCGAUCCUCGGAGGUCGCGCAGCUCUCCAUGUCCAACAUGGGCGGCAGCAGCUCAGCACGGAUUUCACGCUUCCGGGUGAGGACAGGCAGCGUGCCCAGCUUAGACACUGCUUUGAUGCUGCACAGCUCGAAGUCAGUGAUCGCUUACGAGUGGAUCAUGGAAUGGGCCAAGGCCCGUGGCCGGCGCGUGGGCCUCUUCGCCUCGUGUAAAGCACCCCGCGACUUGGAACACAUUGACCCACCGCGUUUGCUCUUCCCCGUGCUCCGUUCGCGCGAGAAUCCCGAGGAAGAGCAUGAAGAUCAAGAAGAGCACAGGUGGAACCAGGCCUUACAGUGGGCCCAAGUCUUGGCCUAUCGCUUCCUGUCCCGGCAGAACCGGCUUUAUCAACGCACGGGUCACCGCCUGGGUGUAGCACAAGAUGAGCAAGUCAUUGAGUGCGAGAUUUGCACGAUGUUUGUGGAGCCAAAUGAACGUCACUGGUCUUGUGGCUCCUGCAACUAUCACAUCUGCAAGAACUGCGCCAAUGAGAUCAUGCAAGGACGGCGGCCUCGGGAGAAGUUGAUGAAACUAGGCAUCUCCCUCUACAUUGCCAAGUAUUUCCUUGCGUUCUUCUUGUUGUGCUACGCGCUGUUGAACAACAAGGCGAUUUUGAAGGAGGAGGAGCGUUCCUUCUCCCAAUCCUUGCAGGAGAACAACUUCAGUGUGGGCACGCUGCUUCUGAUCGUGGCCCACAUGACCAUCCUUCUGUCAGACCGCAUUUUCUUCAAGGCCCACUAUAGCAUGAGGAGCCACGCCACACUACACAUCAUUGAGUUGGUGAAUCUGGGGUUCAUUCUGGCAGAGUUUGUCUUCCUGCACUAUCACACCAUGGCCAUCCUGUGGACCUCUGCGAAUCCGCGCGAGGCGACGAUCUCCUUGGCCUCGGACUGGGAACUUUGCAUCUACUACCUUUGUGGCAUGCUCUACAUUACCAUUUGCAUGAUGCAGAUCAAGCACGGCUUGCCUGCUCUUGGCACUGACUCCUUGAGACCGAAGACCAUCGAGUUGUUCUCGCCCUCCUCCAUCUACACCGAAAAGCUUUGGUACUACUUCUUCCUCGUGCACUACAAUCUUCCCUUUGUCGACGACCUCCGUGUCAUUGUCGACUGGACUGUGGUUCCCACCAGUCUGGACCUGUGGAUGUACUGGAAGGUGGAGGAUGCUCACAGCUCCUUCUAUCGCUCGAGGCACCUCAUGUUUGUGCGUGGUCAGUCCUACUAUGCAGAAGAGCGAGACCUGCUCGAGAAGUUUUACAAUGGCUGGGCGAUCUUGUGCGGUGUGGUCUUAGUGAUUCUGAUGCCCAUCAUCGUCUUCUCCCCCUUCUCACCCUUUCCCAACACGGUCUUGGUGGAACAUGCGGACAUGGCACUGGGCAUGACCGUGGCGUCCUCUUGCUAUGGGGCAUCACGGCAGCAGCUCUGCAGGUACGUGGAGUUGGAGCUUUUUGCCGCUCCGGCGCUGCAGAUUCAGAGAUACAACAGCUCGCAGACGCAGAAGUACCUCCAGGACAACCCGCGGGUCAAUACGGACAUUGAUAUCCAAGAUAUCAAAUGGCCGUGGUUUUCCAAGGAGGCGAUGCAUGCAUCUCCUGCGUUGGUGGAAGAGGUGCAAAAGAUCAUGGACGAGGCGACCACAGGGCUGGACAUCGCGGUGGUCUUCGAGCUUCGCUACAGCUUGCAACGCUCGGUGCUGGGCGUGUCAAGCCACCGGCGCUCCUUGUGCUCCUGCGCACCCAGCUGUGGCAGUUUUGCCGCCUUUCCAGCGCGCGUGUCGGAGCUCUGUAGUGCCGGUGAGUGUCGCUUCUGCUUGGGCGACGCGGGCGAUGACGACGAGCUGGUGGCGCCGUGCGAGUGCCGUGGGGGGCAACGCUGGGUUCACUUGGCGAUGCUUGGUUGGAAGCGAGGGAGACAGCUCAUGGAAGACCGGAGGAUGACGCACUGCCAAGUCUGCCUGGCGAAGCUCACCUGCCCAGCGCUCUCGCGACAUGAGAUGAUGCUGCAAUUCACGGGGCAGGAGCUGGCAUCACUGGUCCGAGAGCAGAGCUUGAUCUCAUCCUCACAGGCCUGGUCAGAUGCCCUCUUCCAUCACCUGCGGCGUGUCGCGGACCGUCGAAGCAUCAACAAUUUCGUGCAUUGGAGUCGCAGCAGCUACCUGAUCUACAACUGUGGACCAAAGCAGUUGGCUCUGAGCAUUCCGGAUGAAGCCAAUCGUGAGGCGGUGCUGGACAACCUGGACAGCGCUGGGCACUUGGAGAUCCAAGGGAAGCAGUACAGGCUGCUGAGGGAGGGGCCGUUGGCCCCAAGUAGUCCACCAUCGGAGCCGACGACGGAUGUCGCAGAUGUGUCAAGCCCCAGCCUCUUCCAAGCGAUUUCGGCCCUUCAAGUGCCAACGGAAGUGAAUCUGCAGCUGGUGGAUGACAGCGAUCGGAGUGAUGACAGCAUCCGGGCGGUGAACUUGAGCAAAGCCAUCAGUGAGGAGGACCUCAGCGUCGAGGUCCAGCUGUUGCUGCGGAGGGCGAUGAAGGCCGCGAAGAUCGACUCUUUGCCCCGCGUGCAACACUUCCUGGCGGGCCCCUGCGCGACGUCCCAAUGUUUGGUGAUGCUCCCGUCGAGGGACGGAAACGCGGACGUUCCCGGCUUCAAGGCUUUCCCUUCUUUGGGCAUUGCCCUUGGCCGCGACUUGGCCGCCGCGCUGCGUGCCACCGCGCCGCCGGCCGCGCCGGCUGCGACGGAGCCCAGCGCGCCAUCCCCAGCGCCGGAGCCAGAGCCACCGGUGGCCGAGCCGGUGGCGAAGCGGCAGAGGGUGGAGGAAGUGGCAGAAGACACUGGAAUACCUGAAGCGCAUGAGCCAGAAGAGGAUGUGGCUUCAGCCUCCGCCUCGGAGUUCUCGGACUUCUGGGGCCUCACCGCCGACGUGGCGCCCGACCUCCCCGACGACGACGGCUCCGCCUCCGACGGGUCCGCGCUCGAGGGGCCGGACGCGGCGGAUAUGGUGGUGAGCGUGGCGGCAGAAUCCAUCUACGACGUGGCCGGGAGCAUGCGCAUCGAAGGCACCGAAGGCGCAGAGCCAACGCUGCGGAUCUUCUGGGGCGAGGCGCGGUGGCAGCGCACGCAGCUGCUGGGAGAACUGGCACGAGGGGAUUGGGGCCUUUGCCAGGCCGCCCCGGCAGAUUUGCAGCGAAGCGCCAGGAGCCUUUGGCGCCAGCUCCUCGAUGAUGAGCGGCCGGUCUACGCACCGCGCAGCGAGAUGACACGGUCAGAGUGCCACAUCGUUUCAGAUGGAGGAGACUAG